GUUUAAUAUUAAUCGGUACUUAGUGGUAGCAAAAUAUAUAUAAGGGAAGCAUCACAUAAAUUCUCCGUAGAAUAUGUUCAGAGCUUGUUUAAGAUUAGGUUUGCUUGAGAGGGAAGUCCCUUUUGUCCAAUUGCAAUCUCAAACGAUUUUAGUGUUCCCAAAACUGAAUAAUCAUACCUGAUAUUCAGAUAAUAUUACUCAUAUCAUCAACACAGAACUAUUUGAUGGGUUAUGUUGAUUGUUUAGUUAUUUUGUUUUGCUUCCUUUGAUAUAUGAGUCGGUGAAUCUAUUUUGAGUUACAGGCCAAAUAGAAUGAUGAAAAGGAUUUAUGAGAUUAUUCUCAAUGCGUAGGAUUGACUUAAUCACCCAUAUUGAUAAAUACUUUUUGCUCUAUUAGUGUGGUAUUGUAUAUUUUAUCCAAAUAUAUUUAUCUUCAUACUUGCUGAAUUGUUUUCCAUGGGGGCUCUUAAGGAAUCCGAAGAGUUUCAGUGAUGUUUUUGUGGUUAUAUUUUUUAGGCAGAAGUAUAUGGAAAUAUCCUUGUUGACAGCUAUUGUGCACUUUUGAAUCGCUAUUGUGCUACUAGUUUUAUAUCAACAUGGGAAAACAUCAUCCUUUUACGGAGUAUAAAAGUUUGCUUUUUCAUUUCUGCAGCUAUAUUUUAUUUCAUUUAGAUUCUUUGUGCAGCUGCAUUAAUGUUUUUUUCAUUUCUGUGUGAUUCUAACUUGUUUAAUGUUUGCUUUUCAUUUCUGUGGCUAGAUAUGCAAAUUAAAAGGGAAACUGAUUGUUCAAAAUACUGUUUCGACAUGGAUCAUGGAUCUGAUCAGCUUCCUAGCUCCCAACAUCCUAAUUUUGUUAAUCUUUCUGCUCAAACUCAGAACCAGUUUACAUCAAUAAGCCCCCAGUUUCACCCUUCAUAUCAAUUUAAUACAAUGAGUGGUUCUUGUCCUCCAUAUACUACCUUACCUUAUGGAACUCCUUUCCCCUUCCAAAAUCUUUUGAACACUCCCAUUGCCCCAAGUGGAGCCACAGAGACUCAAACUGUAAGUGGAACAGGGAGAAAGAAAAAGAAAGGUGUCAAUAAAAGUUCCAAUGACACUGAAUCCGCAACGGCUAAAAGAGAUUUUAGUUCUGAAGAAGACAUUGCAUUAACAAAUGCGUGGUUGCAUAUCUCUAUGGAUGCUGAUGUUGGUAAUAAUCAGAAACUAACAGCUAUGUGGGAGCGAAUCUCACAAGUAUGGAAGGAUAACCUUGGAGAGAAUUACAAAAAGGCUAGAAGUAGUAACAGCUUACAAUGCCGAUGGCAAAAGAUACAACAGGCGGUGAACAAGUUCCAUGGCAUUUAUGAAAAACUUGAAAGACAUCCACAAAGUGGUUCUAAUGCAGAAGAUAUGAAAAAGAAGGCAUUAGGGAUGUACGAGAGACUUCUGAGUGAUAAGAAGAAAAAGGAAUUCAAGUAUAUACACUGCUGGGAACUUUUGAUAAAGAAUGCAAAGUGGUGCACUAGCCAGCUUACGAAGUCUUGUGGACCAGAUAAGGAAUCACUUGGCAACAAAAACACACCAGUGGAAAAUGAUACCACACCUAACACGAAAAAUCAGUCUAUGGAACCUGAAGAAUUACGAGCGGAUGAAAUUGUGCGCCCACUGGGAAGGAAAAGCUCCAAGGAAAGAAAGAGAAAGCUUAAUGCAGAACAUGGAGUUAUCGACACAUUGAACAAAUUGCAAUGUACUUUAGAGAAGCAAAUCCAGUUUAAUAUGGCGGAGUUGGAGUUGAAGAAAGAAACCCAGCAUAAAGAAUAUGAAUUCAGAGAGCAGGUGAUGAAAAAGGAGCUAGAACUAAAAGAGAACAAUCAGAAAUUGAAGGCAGAAUCCCAACUAAUGAAGAGGGAGGAGAGCGAAAGGAGAGAGAGAGCACAAAUAAGAUCUGAUCAAGAACGUAUUUUGAGCCUCGACUUAAGUAGACUGUCACCAAAUGUGCGAGCGACAUAUGAAAUUCUACAGGCUCAAAUAUUGAAGGAAUGGGGACUUUCUAGCAUAUCUAGAAUCUAAUUAUAUUAGAUACUUAUUUAGUCUUUUCAUAUAGUCUAUUCAUUUAGUGUUUUCAUAUUUCAGUGUUUCAUUUAGUCUUUUCAUAUUCCAGUGUUUUUAGAUGCAUCACUAAUAAAAUAUAUGAACAAUGUUUGAUGGUUUGUUGCAG